AUGGCAGAAGCCCUCGUGGGCCUCCGCGUCGCUGCCCCCGCCGUCCCGCAGCCUAGGAGCCACCGCAGCCGGCUUCUCCCCACUGCACGCCUCGCCGCAUUCCGGCGCGACCGUCUGUGCACCGCCCGCGCGGCCGUCGCAGGGCCACCGGAGGUGGACGAGGACGAUUCCAUGAGCAUCGACAACUUGCAUCGCUUCUUCGACCUCAACGUCGGGAAGUGGGAUGGCUCGUUCUACCAAUUCGACGCGCACGGGAGGGUUCUUCAGGAGAUUAGCACGCGGCUGUCCGUGAGCACAUACGGGGAGGACAACCUCAUCAGCCUCCUGCAAUCGUUGUACAUUAAGCAAGCAUCCUCUGCAAUAUCAAUUGUGGACGAAGAGGAUUCUGAACCUGAAUGGGUGGAGUACAAAAUCAAAGAGACGAACAUGUUCACUGUGGACAAAUAUCAGCAGAUAGGGUUCUUUCCUGAGAAAAAGGCAUUUGCUCUGAGGUACCAGACUGCUGGAAUGCUGGAGACUGUCCUUCGGGUUGGUGUGCUUGGAGAAGAUGAUACUGGUGAAGAAUCCCCCAAAAACUUGAAGAUACCUUCUCGUAAGCCAUCUAUUGUAUGUGAAAAUUGUCUUUACUCUCUUGAAGGCAAUGGUCGAAUGAGGGCUUUCCACAUAAUGGAUCCAAAAGGAGUGCUUGACACACUUCUUGUUUUUCAUGAGAAGAGGCAGGGAUCUAAAGUGCCACAGUCACUUAAACACUACUCAGUUGGUACCAAGAGUGGCAACAGUGAUAGGAUAAAUGCACUACUUGGAAGAUGGGAGGGGCAUUCUGUGACUAAGCGGAGUGGGGUGUAUGGAGCAACACUUGCUGAGGCAGAUACAGCUAUUGUUCUCAAAAUGGACAGUAAUGGCCAAUUAAUUCAGGAUACUUUAUCAACUAAAUUCGGAACUGGCACAACAACAACGGUCAACUGGACAGGAUCAACAAAUGACGACUUGCUUCAGUUUGAUGGAGGAUAUGAAAUAACAUUGCUACCUGGUGGGAUGUACAUGGGAUAUCCGUCAGACAUUAGCAAAUCUGUUGCCCAAUUAGAUUCUUUUCAUUUGGAGUUUUGUUGGAUGGAAUCACCUGGAAAGAGGCAGCGGCUUGUCCGAACUUACGAUUCAGCUGGUUUGGCUGUUUCGUCGACCUAUUUUUCUGAAACCAAAGUAUGA